AUGGGGGAAAUAUGUGCAUGGCAGUGUGUACUCAACACCAGCACCGCAUAUCCAUUCGGAAAAUUCCUCGGCCAACGAUAUCCCUAUCUCCCAAAGACCCUCGUCGGCGACACGAACCCAUAUUGGCAAAACAAGACAGCCGUCAAGGCCGACUAUGCGAACGGUGGCGCUCCCCCCACUUACGAGGUCACGGACUGGUCCCCGGUCUACGAUGACUUGGCAAAUGGCAUCGUCGCCGGCGAGCGAGAAGCGAUUGCUGCGACAUCAGCCCAAAAUGCCACAACGUGGUCACCACUCAUGUCAAUCCACCCCACAAACCAAUGGUUCACAGGCGGGCCGCUCGCACUUGCACACGCUUUCUUCGGUAACCGAACGUGGCUUACCUUGGAUGCCAGCCAAUCUGGUCAUGCAGACUACCCGCCGAACCCUCCGAUCCCUUGGUGGAAUUGUCGGCGUGGGUGGGAACCUGUGGAACUCAUGUACGCGGCGGGAUCAGUGCCUGGGGGUCGUGCGCGGCCGGUCAUCGAUAAUGAAGCGCACUAUGAGAACAGGUAUAAUAAUGGUAAUAGUAGUGAGGCAUUUUGGAAUGCGAGUGAUGUGCGGAUUGGAAGCUGGCAAGCGGUAAGCUUCAUAUCCACUACGGACAGUCUUAUGGGGUGGUGA